GGUUACACGGCCUCCUUUGCAUUCUUUGAAGCCCUCUGGGAGGGCGGUGUCAGCCAUGUUUUUGUCAAUCUGGGAUCCGACCACCCCUCCAUCCUCGAGGCUAUGGUGAAAGGCCAAAAAGAGAAGAGGGAUCAAUUCCCUACGAUAAUCACCUGUCCCAAUGAGAUGGUGGCAAUGUCCAUGGCCGAUGGGUAUGCCCGAUUGACCGGGAAGCCACAGGCGGUAAUUGUCCACGUCGAUGUGGGCACGCAGGGACUCGGAGCAGCAGUCCACAACGCCUCAUGUGGGCGUGCCCCAGUUUUGAUCUUCGCCGGUCUGUCGCCUUACACAAUUGAGGGUGAGAUGCGAGGUUCGCGCACCGAAUAUAUUCACUGGAUUCAAGAUGUACCAGACCAGAAGCAGAUUGUCUCCCAGUAUUGCCGAUACACUGGGGAGAUCAAGUCUGGCAAGAAUGUCAAGCAGAUCGUCAAUCGGGCUUUGCAAUUUGCAACAAGUGACCCACAGGGACCCGUGUACUUGCUUGGAGCGCGGGAAGUUAUGGAAGAGGAUAUCGAGCCCUACCAGCUGAAUCAAACAGUCUGGGGCCCCGUGGCCCCAGCUGCUUUGCCAAUCUCUGGUGUUGAAAUGAUCGCAUCGGAGCUUGCGGCCGCCAAGAACCCUCUUAUUAUUACUGGAUAUUCUGGUCGAAAGUCCCAGGCUGUGACUGAGCUGGUCGCUUUGGCAAACAGCUUCAAGGGAGUUCGUGUGCUCGACACCGGUGGUAGCGAUAUGUGCUUUCCUGCUGACCACCCGGGAUGGUUGGGAUUAAGAUAUCCAGGGCAUGAAUUGGUUCGAACGUCCGACUUGAUUCUUGUGAUUGACUGCGAUGUUCCAUGGGUACCUACACAGUUUAAGCCAUCCGCAUCAGCCAAGAUCAUCCACAUCGAUGUCGAUCCUUUGAAGCAACAGAUCCCGGUCUUCUACAUCCACUCGAUGGCUACAUUCCGCGCCGACUCUUCUACCGCCCUCAAGCAGAUCAAUGAUUAUGUUGCUUCCCAGGAAUCUUUGCAGCAAUUCAUUGGCUCCAAGGAGAAUAUUACCAUGGGAAAACUCCGGGACGAGGAGUAUUCGAAGCGUCGGCGCGAGAUCACCGAAUUGGCCGUAGUCCCGGAAGGCGGCGAUGGCGCAAAUCUGAACAUCAAUUAUCUCAUGUCUCAGGUCCGCCAGGGGGUUCCGAUCGAUACCAUCUGGGCGAUUGAGUCCGUGACAAUGACCCACUUCGUGGCGGAUCAAGUCUCAGCGACCAUACCUAAUUCGUGGAUCAACUGCGGCGGUGGUGGUCUAGGAUGGUCUGGUGGCGGCGCACUUGGUAUCAAGCUUGCCAGUGACGAACAACAUGGAGGACGUGGAAAGGGGAAAUUCGUCUGUCAAGUUGUUGGUGACGGAACAUUCCUAUUCUCGGUACCUGGAUCCGUGUACUGGAUCGCCCGCCGCUAUGGUAUCCCUGUUUUGACUAUUGUGCUGAACAAUAAGGGCUGGAAUGCCCCUCGAAGAAGCAUGUUGCUUGUUCAUCCUGAGGGUGAUGGCGCCCGUGCUACCAAUGAAGAACUUAACAUCUCCUUUGCGCCUACACCGGACUAUGCAGGUAUCGCUAAGGCUGCAGCAGGUGGUGAGAUGUGGGCUGGACGAGCUUCGACUGUUGCUGAACUCGCUGAAAAACUUCCGGAUGCUAUUAAGAGUGUUCUAAGUGGAAAGGGAGCGGUGCUCGAAGCACAGCUUGAUGGAACCACUGGUAAGUAUGUGGAGAGUCCUUGA